AUGGCAUCGACCGUCGCCUCCGCCAUCCGGCCAGGUCUACGCGAAGGAACCUCACGCCAACAAUCCGGCUCUCCUCACACCCCCACCGGCCGCUUUGUCUCCUCCGCCCAGUCCUCACCGGGGUCGUACUCGUUCCGCGCCGAAGAAGACCCCAUCAUCAUUGAGCUCGAUCCGCGCGGCCUGAGCGCCGGAUUUCAGGGUGAAAGCGGUCCGCAAUGCUACAUUCCCUUCUCGCCUCAGAACUCCCAACGAGUAGGCGAUUAUCGCAUUUUCUUGCCUGGAUUUCGAAGACGCAGGGAAGAUAUAGCGCUCAAGAGUAGCGAGUAUGAGCUAUGGCGGAAUGACCUGACAGAUGUUGAUCUGGGGCUGCUGGAGGAUAAGCUGGAGCGAGCAGUACGGGAGGCAUACAACAAGCAUCUCCUGGUGGAUGCCGGUGCUGCGAGAUUAGUGCUGGUGUUACCUUCGCUGGUGCCACAUCCGGUACUCUCUACCAUCCUUACGCUGUUCUUCGAGCGAUGGAAGUGCGCGAGUAUUACUCUUCUUCCAGCACCUACCAUGGUCAUCGCCGGGGCAGGAUUGCGCUCCGGUCUUGUGGUGGACGUAGGAUGGGAGGAAACCGUCAUCACCGCUAUCUACGAGUAUCGCGAGGUGCAUGUGCGCCGCAGUGUCCGAGCCAUGAAGGCUUUGACUGUGAAAGUUGGCGCUCUGCUGGAUGCGAUCAGAAAGGAUCAGGAUGGGGCAAUCCGAGACACGCUCGUGCUGGAUUUCGAUUUUGUGGAGGAAUUCGUGGACCGUGCUGGAUUAUGUCACGCUCUGCUUCCAGUGAGGGGAGAGGAUUUGGCGGCAAAGACGGAGGCCAUGACUCUUGAAGACAGAUCAUCCAUUGAACCGGCUGACGACUUGACAGCGAGCCUCAUGAUUGACUGGCCUACCGACACUUCCUCACAUUCCAUCACUAUUCCCCUGCAACCAAUGCAUCAGGCGUGCCUCGACACGCUGAUAAAGCCGAGAAGCGAAGAAUACCCAGACGACCACGAACAAUCCGUCAGUCAGCUUCUGUAUCGAUCCCUCCUCGCUUUAUCCGCGGACGUUCGCAGUAUCUGCAUGUCGAGAAUCAUCUUUACAGGCAGGGGCACGAAUGUGGCGGGCUUGGCACAGCAUAUCCUCGAUACGACUAAUUCCAUCAUCCAAGAGCAUGGGUGGACACCUGUCAGAGGUGAACAUUUCAAGUCCAAGCGGAGCGGCCUUGCGGAGCUCGCUCAAGGCAGAGCUGCCCCUGCGGAUGUCAGACACGAUAUUACCCCUCCAGGGGCGGAUGACUUUGUGGAAGAGAGGCUCUUCAAGCAGAGAUCGAAAAGUGCCUAUCCACCCGUACCGGCUGUUUUGCGACAGGUCGGUUCUGUUGGGCCGUGGGCUGGAGCCAGCCUGAUAGCCAGUCUGAAGGCGAAAUCUUUUGUUGAGAUUGAGCGGGAAAGGUUCCUUUCUCACGGACUGGCUGGAGCACACCGUGAUUUUGAUCCUAGUAGUCUACAUCAACAGCGUGCUACUGCAGCGAAAGGACAUGAGAGAACUAGUUGGACGUUAGCAGGAUGGGGCUGA